UAAUUUAGCUAUAACGAUGCAGAAAACAAAUUAACUGAAGUGGCGGCGGCGGGCACCUGGCAUUCCAACUGUACAGAUACAGUGACCAAUGAUCGCUACAAUAUGAAACCUCUCAAUCUGGAGUCCGUCUAAACUGCUCAAUAUUCUGCGAGCAUCGAAUUCAAUAUGUGUUUCUUGGGCAUUCUGCACUCGCUACCACCAAUUGCUACUGUGCGUCCACCGGCAAUAUACGCUUCAAAUACAAGGAGAAAUGGCUGGUUGAGAGCGAAAAUCAAUGGUGAAUCUGACCCAUUACUCGAGGCAGCCAUGAAUGCCGCGUCGCUACGUUUCCAGGAGACACAUCGACCAGAGCCACUUUUUCUUGAUCCAUAUGCUGGGUGCUUGAUUGAUCCUACUGUACAGAUGGAUUUAAAGAAGUACUCGCACCCUUAUUGCCUUGCAACAAAGUUCAUCGAUGACAAGUUACUGCGUACAGUGAACCAUAUUGAUGGACUCAAGCAGGUUGUUUUGUUAACAGAUGGGAUGGAAACUCGACCAUAUAGGCUAAAUUGGCCGACUUCAUCUAUAAUAUAUGAUGUAUCUCCGCAAAGGAUAUUUAAGAGAUCAGCGGAAAGGCUUAAAGGUGUUGGAGCUAAGAUUCCUAGAAAUUGCUUGUUCCUUCAUGUCCCGUUGGAGUCCUCUAAUAUACAACAGAAUCUGCAUGCUAAAGGUUUCAAUGGUAACCAGCCAAGCAUUUGGGCCAUUCAGGGACUGUCCAUUAUGACAUUGGCCAGUUUUGAGGAAAUUUUGUGCACUGUUAGUAGUUUGGCUAUGAAUGGAUGUCUAUUCUUGGGAGAACUGCCUGCAUGGUUAGCAGAAACUGAAAUUGGGUGCAAGUCCAAUGCAGAGAAAUGGAUGAACAAACUUUUCAUGAGCAAUGGUUUUCGGGUGAACAUGAUUAGCUAUGAUGAAGUUGCAAGUAGUUUGGGCGUGAAAUUAGCUGCAGGAGAUUACAAGAAUAUACUUUUUGUUGCAGAACAGUUGCAAUUUUCAGAUGAUCAGAUGGAAACCUGGAGGAGAGAAUUCCACAGGAUAGAGGAAGAAGGGGAUGAAGAAGGGUUUGAGGAACUCUAGUGAAUCCAGAUGAAAUUUUUUUCUCCUCUUAGUUCUUCCACUUGUUUCUGAACCAUUUCAUGGAAUUUAUAUGUAAAUAAUGCACGUCUAGUUUCUGCAUCCAAGGGGCAAAAAACACUCGUAAGGACCAAAAUGGAAAUUGGCCCUUUGUGUAAUUUGGAUUCUGGACACAAAUUUGGUUGAAAAUAGGAAACAAUAGGUAGAAAAAGGAAUGGAUUAUCCAUUAAAUUA